ACCAACAAUAACGUUUGAUAUCAACAGGAACGAAAUAAAAUAAGAAAACAGCAUCUCCUGGGUGAGGGCAUUCGAUAAUUUCCUGGUGGACUAAGGGUAGGAGUGACUUGACCAACACUUUGACCACGGAAUGAAACCAGGUCAAUAACAUCAUUAACUACAGGUAAAUCAAACCAGCCACAUGUUGGUAUACACUGUAUGGUAAAUACCGAUAACUGUUGGCCUGUAGGAACGUCAUACUACCGAACACAGCUGGACGGUAACACGAAGCGUGCCAGAAUGAAAUGACGAAGAAUGUUCCACCUCCGUUUCAUUGUACUGCUAACUUGUCUACAAGGAAAGAUGUACGUAACCACGUGUCCUCAGACGAAUACCACAGUCCUGUAUGGUAAUAACACGUGCUACUGGAUGACAACUGGCGGCAGCGUAAUGGAUAGCAGUUCAGCAUGUAACACUGAUGGCGGAGUGCUGGCAAAAAUACCUAAUGAGGAAGUCAACAAGUUUGUGUUACAACUAGCCAACAGCGUUGACGCUACUUCCGCUGGUAUUUGGAUUGGCGGACCUACUAACUCUACCGCCUGGGAUAACACCGUGCCUGGAGUGGGGGUGCCUCCCGACUGGUGUUACUUCCUUCUGCGAAGUGGAUACUGGCUCGCCACAUCCAGCUGUGAAAUAACAUUCCGGGGAAUGUGUUCAAAGCCAUUUUUGAUAGGUAGUACAACGACUUCAGUAAAAACGACAGUCCACACCACAACUGGAAUAGAAACAAAAAAACAAUCAACAAUGGCUGAAUCAACGACAGCUCGUCUACCACUAACAUCAGCGUCCGCAGCUGACCGGGCGACAUCUCAAACGAUAACGGACACAACGGAACAAGUGAUAUAUGGACGGGCGGGGGUGUCUAUAACACCGUCAACUGAUCCAACAGUGAUGUCUGUAACACCGUCAACUGAACCAACAGUGAUGUCGGUAACAUCGUCAACUGAACCAACAGUAGUGCCUGUAACAUCGUCAACAGAACCAACAGUGGUGCCUAUAACAUCGUCAACUGAACCAACAGUAGUGCCUAUAACAUCGUCAACUGAACCAACAGUGAUGUCGGUAACAUCGUCAACUGAACCAACAGUAGUGUCUGUAACAUCGUCAACCGACCCAACAGUAGUGUCGGUAACAUCGUCAACAGAACCAACAGUGAUGUCUGUAACAUCGUCAACUGAACCAACAGUGAUGUCUGUAACAUCGUCAACUGAACCAACAGUGAUGUCUGUAACAUCGUCAACUGAUCCAACAGUAGUGUCGGUAACAUCGUCAACUGAUCCAACAGUAGUGUCGGUAACAUCGUCAACUGAACCAACAGUGGUGUCGGUAACAUCGUCAACUGAACCAACAGUGGUGUCGGUAACAUCGUCAACUGAACCAACAGUGGUGUCUGUAACAUCGUCAACUGAACCAACAACAAAUGCCCAGGGCCCCACGUCAGAAAAAUCAUCUGAACAACCAAUGUCAACAACGACAUCAGAACAACAGAUGUCAACAACAACAUCAGAACAACAGAUGUCAAGAACAACAUCAGAACAACAUAUGUCAAGAACGACAUCAGAACAACCAAUGUCAAGAACGACAUCAGAACAACCAAUGUCAAGAACGACAUCAGAACAACAGAUGUCAAGAACGACAUCAGAACAACAGAUGUCACCAACGACAUCAGAACAACAGAUGUCAAGAACGACAUCAGAACAACCAAUGUCAACGACAUCUGACCAAUCAAUUUCCACAACUGACCAACCAAUGUCCACAACUGACCAUCCAAUCUCCACAACAACCCAAGAACUAAUAUCCACAACAACUGACCAAUCAGUGUCCACCACUACUGACAAACCGAUGUCCACCACAACUGACCAGCCGAUGUCCACUACAACUGACCAGCCGAUGUCCACCACAACUGACCAACCGAUGUUCACCACAACUGACCAGCCGAUGUCCACCACAACUGACCAACCGAUAUCCACCACAACUGACCAACCGAUGUCCACCACAACUGACCAACCGAUAUCCAUCACAACUGACCAACCGAUAUCCACCACAACUGACCAACCGAUGUCCACCACAACUGACCAACCGAUAUCCAUCACAACUGACCAACCGAUAUCCACCACAACUGACCAACCGAUGUUCACCACAACUGACCAGCCGAUGUUCACCACAACUGACGACCAGCCGAUGUCCACCACAACUGACCAACCGAUAUCCACCACAACUGAUCAGCCGAUGUCCACCACAACUGACCAGCCGAUGUCCACCACAACUGACCAACCAAUGUCCACCACAACUGACCAGCCGAUGUCCACCACAACUGACCAGCCGAUGUCCACCACAACUGACCAGCCGAUGUCCACAACAACUACGGAUGUGACGACAUCUCAACCAGCGACACUAUCAAUCUCCACAGUGACGACAACAGAUGGAUGUAUAUGUCUGAACAAGACAUACAAACAACUUGGGGAUGUUCUCAAAGGCAUUGCCAAACUCCGACUUGACCUGGCAGUAGACAAAUCUAAAUUGUCGUCCACCAUUCGACGGAAGACAUGCGCUGAGGACCAGCGACCCGCUAGUAAGUCCAUGGGCUAUGUAGCUGGAGUAAUGUUAGUGGUAAUACCUAUAGGUAUAAUAAUGGUGGACAUUCCAAUGAUCGUCACAUCAGUUAAAUUCUGUAAGUGGAACACUGCAUCCCCAGGACGUCGUUAUUGUAUUUAAUUAUAUCUUAUUCGUCACAUCAGUUAAAUUCUGUAAGUUGAACACUCCAUCCCCAGGACGUCGUUACUUUAAUCUUAGGAUUUACUGAUGUUCAAGUCUCGCUUUGGUCUCGUGUAGGGGAUCAUGUAAUAUUUAACAAACAUAUCAUUGAAUACAAACACACAGCUUUAAAAAUGUCACAUAUCCAGAUGACUUUUGUUUUUAGAACGUUACCAUUUCGACGCCAUUUUAAAAAUGUAUUAGGGUAUGUUUUGCGCUUCACGGAAAAACCAAAAUUUUACCUUCUUGAUUCUAGAUUUAUGACUUAAAUCAUCAGUGUGUUGCCAUUUUAAUUGUAGUAAAUUCAUUUCACUGUACAACUGAAUAAUUUCAACAUAAUGAAAAUAAUAAAGUGUAUGUUUGUCCUCCAAUGAUUUACACAACCAACAUGA